AUGGCUCUUCAUAUUCAUGAAGCUUGCUUACUUCUGUUGGUCAUCCCUGGAUUGGUCACCUCUGCUGCCAUCAGUCAUGAAGACUAUCCUGCUGAUGAAGGUGACCAGACCUCCAGUAAUGACAAUCUGAUUUUUGAUGACUAUCGAGGGAAAGGGUGUGUGGAUGACAGCGGCUUUGUAUACAAGUUGGGAGAACGAUUUUUCCCAGGGCAUUCCAACUGUCCAUGUGUCUGUGCUCUGGAUGGACCUGUUUGUGACCAGCCAGAAUGCCCUAAAAUUCACCCAAAGUGUACUAAAGUGGAACACAAUGGAUGCUGUCCUGAGUGCAAAGAAGUGAAAAACUUUUGUGAAUAUCAUGGGAAAAAUUACAAAAUCUUGGAGGAAUUUAAGCCCUCUCCAUGUGAAUGGUGUCGCUGUGAGCCCAGCAAUGAAGUUCACUGUGUUGUAGCAGACUGCGCAGUUCCUGAGUGUGUCAACCCAGUCUAUGAACCAGAACAAUGUUGUCCUGUCUGCAAAAAUGGUCCAAACUGCUUUGCAGGAACUACGAUCAUUCCAGCUGGCAUUGAAGUGAAAGUGGAUGAAUGUAACAUCUGUCACUGUCACAACGGGGACUGGUGGAAGCCUGCUCAGUGUUCAAAACGUGAAUGCCAAGGCAAGCAGACUGUGUAG